UAAGACACCGUGGUUAGAGUCAGAUCAGAACUUCUAACUCUGACCAAGGUCAACUACGGUGGUCAGAACGCCAAAACCAGUCAGAAAUCAGAAGUCAGAAGCAAUCUGAACAUUGGCAGAUGCCAUAAUUUCAUACAUAAUUGUGUAUGGUACAAGUUGUAAUUUGUAAACAACAUUGUUUAUUUGGUAACGAUGAUCAUGAGAAAAUUGAAAUUGUUUAUUAAAAAUUACGCGGUUAUGAAUUAUUUUUCUUACUUAAUAUAGCAGUAUAGACUAAUAUUGGCAUAGAGAUGUAAAUUUGACCAUUGCCUUAAUACAAUUAACGACGGAAAUAUUGGAUUUCUUUUGGACGUUGGUAUCAAAUAUUGUUAUCAUUUCCGAAAUAUCUUAUAAAUAUGGCAACAUUGAAAGGCAUUUUUCCUGAUACAAAACCAGUAAGACGAAAAAAUUUUAUAUAUGAAAAUGUAAAAAAUCUUCGUCAUAUGGAACAAAAUAUGCACAUGAAAGAAUUGGAAGGAACACAGAAUUCACGAUCACAAGAGCGAAAAAAGCUUAACAAUAAGUAUCAAAAUAUUGCAUCAAAACUGUGUACAAAUCACUAUACAAAGCAAGUCGAAGGGCACAAUGUAAAUUUAAAUGAACAUGAUAAGAUAAACAGACAUUGCGUAGAAAAUCAAGAAAAAUUAUGUAGGAAAUCAAGUAUGCCAAUUAUGAAUAAAAAUAGUGCUACUGCAAAAAAGAUGCCAAUUUCAGCCACAAAUAACAAUUUACAUACAAAGCAAAAAAGAAAAGAGUGCAAAAAUAUACAUAAACUUGAUGCAAGGUUACAUGAAAAUAUUUCUUCAGAUCCUAUAUUAUUACACGAAUCUACUAAAGAUAUUCAUAAUGAUAAAAAUACAAAAUUGGAAAAUAAACUUAUGAAUCAAGGUACCCAAACAUUAGAUACGAACCAAAUAAAUAAUUUGUAUUCUGAGGGCGUUAUAAGAUAUCCAUCAAAGAAAGUUAUAGAAUUGAAGAAUGAACAGGGUGAUACUGUUUUAAAAGAUACAACAAAUUCGUCACCCAAUCAAUCACAAGAAAAUUCUGAGUUGCCUCCGUCUAAAGAAGAAUUAAAUACUAAAUUAAAUAAGGAGUGUACAUUUACGAAUAAUAAGAGUCGAAUACAUAAUAAUAGCAAUAGUAACUGUAAUAAAAAGAACACUCCUCCAUCUAAUUAUAAGAAGGGUGUUGUUCCUAAGUACAUCAGAGAGAGGAAGGAAGCUCAGAAAAAAGAAGAGAAAGCUAAAAUAGAAGCAAUUGAUCCUGAUUGUCCACAUGGACAUGUUCCCUUACUGGAGAGUGAACGCAAGGAAACUCUGCAUAUACUAAAGAAAAGUUAUCAAGAUUAUGUAAAUGAAUUGAAUCUGAUGCCUAUAAAAUCGGAUACACUUAGAGCGCAACAGCGAAAGGCGGAAAUAGAGAAGCAACUAAAUAAAUUAGAAGAAGGCAUUAAAGUUUUUUCAAAGCCGAAGGUUUAUGUAAAAAUGGACGCAUGAACUAUUAUUGUUUAUCUCUAACAAUUCCGUCCUCUUAGAAGCGUCAUUGUUUGGUUUAUGCAGUAAGAAAUCGUCGCAAUCAUCUUCACUUUUAUUUUGUUCAAGAUAGAAAAGAAUAAAAAAAGAUUUCAGUCAUUCAGUACAAAUUUAAUUUAUGUCCAUGCACUGGCCACUUGUACUUUGUUUAAAAUAAAAUUCUUUUAUUUCUUACAAA